AGUAAGUAUGUACUUUUAAAUUGACAACUUUCAUCAAGACAGCCUGACGCUCCAUGGACUCUAAGCGUGAGCGACACAAUUCCAAGGCGCGCCGAUCUACGGCAGGCUCGAGGAAAAAGGGAAAGUCGCGUAAUAAAAGCAAUGGUGUUGUCCCUACAGCCGAAGCACCUGAUCCCAACGCCGCGAUCCUCGAAUACAAGUCACUCGAAGACAAGGAGCGCGACAGAAAAGAGAGGCUCGUAAGAGAGCUUGCUGCACAGUCGGACUCCAAAGUAUCGAGACAGAAGCGGAAGAGGCUGGAAAAGUAUGUUGAAAAAAAGUUAUUAAAAGAAGAGAGACUCGUGAUUUUUGAGAAGCUAGCUCAGACGCAAGCACAAACUUCAAGCCUUGAUCUUCAAUCGUCAUCUACUCUUGGUACAGGAGCCACCUCUACGGCUCGGGAACGCCUGGAGAAGCUAGAAGACAAGGAAGUACGUCGCGCCAUUGAGGGUCAGCCCAAUAAACGUCGACGGCGCCAUAACGAUUUCACUGUUCAUGAACACGGAGAUGGUGAAGACGAAUCUGACGCGAUGGAUGGAGUUGACUUCGAAAUAGUUGAUCAGACGCCAGAGCAGCAUGAUGAACACGAGGACCUAGUGACGACGGAAUUCUUAUCGGAUCCUCCUGCGGCGUCGACGGUCUCACAGCCAGCCAGUCUAUCCACUUUCGCCGUUGGUGGAGCCCUUAAACGCAAUCCUGACGGCUCUGUUGUUGCGCCCCUAGUUGUGAAUAAAAAGAGUGAAAAGAGUCGAAUGAGGGCCUCCUUCCCGAGCUGGAAAAGAAGAGUGCCCCCGAAAGGGGUUUCAGAACAGGAAUCAGACUCAUCAUUUGACAGUUCUGAUUCAGCUUAUGAUACGGACGAAGAACAGCGCAACGAAGGUCGAGAAAUGGGAAUAUCGGCGGAAGGUUCAGACGAGGAAGAAGAGCGCCCUCUACCUGCCAAGAAACGCCUUGGCUUCAAGGACUGGGCCGUAAAACAGCUAAACACAGCGAAAGGCCACGAUACUACUGAAGGGACACCACCGUCUCUCGAAAUCGAACAUCCCACUGCACCUCCACCCAAAAAACGAAAGACGAUGUCGUCACAAUCGAAUUCAAUGCGCGGCCCCCUGGGUGAAGACCUAAAGCUCCCUUCCACGUCUUUUGCGGAACGCAUGACGAAAACCCAAGAGACUUUCUCUAAAUCUUCUUCUAAAAGCAUAAAGUCGGUGUCUGUCAUUCGCCCCCUUGAUAUCCAGGAGUCCAGGAUGCAGUUGCCUAUCAUUGCAGAAGAGCAGCCCAUCAUGGAAACCAUAAUGCUUAAUCCGGUAGUAAUUAUUUGCGGUGAAACUGGUAGCGGAAAGACUACUCAGAUCCCACAAUUUCUGUACGAGGCCGGGUUUGGUGAUCCUACUGGAGUGAACUCGGGCAUGAUAGGAGUUACGCAGCCAAGGCGAGUUGCGGCAAUGUCAAUGGCAUCUCGAGUGGCUCGUGAACUGUCCUUGACCUCCUCCCGCGUGUCGUACCAGAUCCGAUACGAUGCAACUGUGUCUCCUUCAACCACGAUCAAGUUCAUGACCGAUGGUGUACUUUUGCGUGAACUUGCCACCGAUUUCUUGCUCUCAAAAUAUUCGGUAAUUAUCAUCGACGAAGCACAUGAGCGCAGUAUGAACACCGAUAUCUUGAUUGGUGUCCUUAGUCGAGUAAUCAAGCUACGCGAACAAAUGUGGAAGGAGGGCACAGAGGGCACGAGACCACUACGGCUCAUCAUUAUGUCGGCAACUCUUCGCGUCGGCGACUUCGCAGAGAAUCAGGCGCUCUUUUCGUCGCCACCUCCGGUUGUCAAUGUUGAUGCUCGCCAACACCCUGUAACAGUACACUUCAACCGGCGGACGUCUACUGACUACGUGCGCGAAGCGGUCAAGAAAGCGGCCAAGAUCCAUGCCCGUUUGCCACCAGGAGGUAUCCUCAUAUUCUUGACAGGGCAAAAUGAAAUACAGGGCGUCUGCAAAAAGCUUGAGGCACGAUAUGGCAGAAGAGCUCUGGAGGCAAGAAAGAAGAGGAGACAAGUUGUCCAAGCUUCUUCUAUCUUUGCAGAAUCCAUUACCAGUGAAGUCCCUUUCCCUGUUGCUCCGGUUCACGCUGACAUCGAGGCCGAGGAUAUCGAGUUUGGCGUUCAAGAGCAGGAAUUAGCACUCGAUGUGGACGGAGACCUCGCGGAGGAAGAUCCUGAAGGGCUUGAUAGCGACGACGAAGAUGGGGUCAAUACUGAACUUGGCAUCGAUGUCGAGGAGUGUGAUGUCCCAAUGCAAGUCGUCCCUCUGUACUCGCUCUUGUCGAGCGAGAAACAAAUGCGAGUUUUCGAUACACCACCAGCAGGCUAUCGUUUGGUGGUAGUAUCAACAAACGUUGCGGAGACGUCCCUUACGAUCCCAAAUAUACGCUAUGUGAUCGAUUGUGGUCGAGCGAAAGAGCGGCAUUAUGAUAUGGCGAGCGGUAUUCAGUCCUUUCGGGUCAGUUGGAUCUCCAAGGCUUCUGCCGCCCAGCGAGCUGGUCGUGCGGGUCGUACAGGUCCAGGACAUUGUUACAGACUCUACUCCUCCGCUCUUUACGAACAUUAUUUCGAAUCGUUUUCACAACCUGAAAUUCUGCGCACGCCGAUUGAGGGCGUCGUGUUGCAGAUGAAAAGUAUGAACAUUGACGCCGUUGUCAACUUCCCUUUCCCAACUCCGCCAGAUAGGCAGGUGUUGAAAAAGGCUGAGACGGUCCUCACUCGCCUUGGCGCGCUUAGUAGUGCACCUCUCGUAUCGCAAGCGGGGGUUUCUAUGUCAACGAUUGGGGGCCAAGUGACACCUCUGGGGAAGGCAAUGAGCUUUUUCCCGCUUUCCCCGCGCUUCGCUCGAAUGCUUGUCGGGAGUCAACAACAUGGCUGUUUACCCUAUGUGAUCUCGAUUGUGGCAGCUAUGUCGGUCGGGGACCCUUUCCUUCGUGAAGAGGGGUUAGAUGCCGACAGCGAGUCCGAUGCCGAUGAUGAAGGACUGGGACACAUCAAGAGCGCUUCCAUCAAAGCGAAAGAGGCGAGGAGGACCCGACGGCGUGCAUUCUUUGAAUCUCAGCAGGUUCAUGGAUCGCUGAGUAACUUCAAUAGUGACAUUUUCAGACUCCUCUCGGUCGUCGGGGCCUACGAGUAUUCUGGAGGGGGUCACCAAUUUUGUAAGGCCCAUUUUGUAAGACCCAAGGCCAUGGAAGAAAUACACAAACUGCGAGCCCAACUAAGCAGCAUUGCGCAAGCAAAUUUCCAAAACGCUGAAGUUGGUUUCGACAAAAAUAUCCGACCUCCCAACGACAUCCAGCUAAAGGCUAUCCGUCAACUGCUCGCCGCGGCCUUUAUCGACCAAGUAGCAGUACGGAAAGAUUUAAUACAAAACAACUCCAGUGGAAGCCAGUUUUCAACUGCUAAAGGCGUUCCGUAUGCGGCGGUGGGAGUAUCCGGGGAUGUUUUCAUCCAUCCCAUGUCUGUGCUUGCGAAUCGCCCUCCGCCAGACUAUCUCGUCUUUUCUGAAGUAGUCCAAACAUCGCGGACGUGGAUCAAAGGACUAACGGUCAUAAAUCCUGCAUGGCUAUCGAGUCUUGGAAAACAGAGUAUGUGCACUUUUUCCAAACCUUCGAGAAACAAUGCGGGUGUGAUGAUGUCUAUACCGCGGUUUGGGCCUGAUCAGUGGGAGCUGCCUCCCGUGAAGGUGUGAUUAAUAUACAAUUGUGCUAUU